GCGUCGCCUCAAGGCGGGAAGCAUCCACCCCCCCACCCCUCACGGCGUGGUGACCCGUACGGUGUUCCCAUGGAGGUGACCGUGUCCCCCUCAGUGUCCCCAAGUCGGCAGGUGUCCCCCUGCAGUGUCCCCAGGCUGGUGCGCUGCUCGGUGGCAGUGCAGCGGGAUGGGAGUGGGACAUGGAGGGAGGGGUGCCGGGGGCCCUGGGGGACCCACCAGUGACACUCGCCGUGUCCCCACAGUCCUUCCAGGGCAGCCACGGCCGUGCCUACCUGUUCAACUCCGUGGUGAACGUGGGGUGCGGCCCGGCUGAGCAGCGGCUGCUGCUGACGGGGCUGCACUCGGUGGCCGACAUCUUCUGCCAGAGCUGCAAGACCACCCUGGGCUGGAAAUACGAGCAGGCGUUCGAGAGCAGCCAGAAGUACAAGGAGGGGAAAUUCAUCAUCGAGAUGUCGCACAUGGUGAAGGAGAACGGCUGGGACUGACGCGGAGGUGCAGCAGGGACUGGGGGGCACGUGGGGGAGAGCUGGGUGACCCCCUCUUUGGCACUCUCCCUGUGCCCCCGGUGCCCCCUGGGUGGCACCAGCCGCGGGGGUUGCGGGGCUUUUCUAGGGCAAUAAAGGCUUUUUUUGUAGGAA